AUGCAUUUUCCCCAUCUUUUCGUCCUCGCAGACACCUGUCUUCUGGCCGCAGCUACGAGCAACUCCCUCUUGUGCACCUCCCUGCCAGACCUUCCUGCGGGAAUUGCGAAGACACCCGGUGCCCUUCUGGACCUACAGCGCCAGACGACUGCAAUCUGGGCGCAAGCAUAUGCCGACAAGGAUGUCGACACGCUUCUCGCCUACACCAUGGAGCCUUACAUUCAACACAAUCCAGGUGCUCCUUCUGGGAAAGCCAUUGCGGCCGCAGGCUUGAAACAGAUUCUGUCCGCACCGAACCUUGUCAAUAACGUAACCCGCACCAUCUCGGAUCUGGAUUACGUUGCUCUCCACAUUCACCGCCAGCAACCGGGAACCCUCGACAAGGCCAUCGUCGACAUAUUUCGGCUCAAUGGAACCUGCAUCACCGAGCAUUGGGACGUGCAGCAAGUCAUGUACCCCAACGCAACCAAUCCGCUUGCAUACUUUUGA